AUGGAUGAUGACUCUAAAGAGUAUAGAAGAAAUAAGCCACAGCAAAAGUUUUACAAACCAGGUAGUGGGCCGUUAAGACGCUCGAGUUAUGGUUCAGAUGCAAAAAUGGAUCAAUACGGCCCUCAAAAUUCCGUCAAUGAUGAUGUUUUGAAUCAGAAAAGUAAAGAUUAUUCAAUGACAAAUACCCGCCACAAAAAGCCAGAGCAGCAACUAUACGUGCCUAGGUCAGGUGAUACAUGUUUAGAUGAUAGACAGUCUAAACACAAGAGGAGUGAUAAUUCUAGUCAGUACAACAAUAAAAAAAUGUUCAAUAGAUCGGAGAAACAUGGUUAUGGAACUGGAUCAGGAUCAUAUUCCAGAGGUGCUUCAAGAAGAGAUAGACCACUUGCAGAUAACCAUUACAAAGAUAACGUAAGAAGUAACGACCUUAAUUAUAAUAGGCAAUCUAGGCAAGUAUCUGAAACAAGAUCUAUGUCACCCACUCAUUGCACACAACAGAAGAGUAAUACAGACCGAAACCGUGAUAGUAGAAGUAUGGAAACUUCUGCAGGCAGACAUAUGUCAGGUGGUGGUGGAAAACCACCCUCUGGUAGACGAAACUCAGCAGGAUAUUCUUCAGAUUCAUCAAGAUCUAAGUAUUCAAAUUUAGACAAUGUCCCUCCAAGGUUUCGAAAGAAUAUUUUAGAACAAUCUGGGCGCUCUUUUGAUAGUAUUGAUAAAAUUAAUAGAGACAGACAUGCUUCAAAUCCAUCUAUUCCUCCUAGUUAUAAUCAAGGUCAAUUUUCCAAUUCCAAUUUGACUUGGUCACAAACACUGCCAUCAAGAGGGAGAGGAAGACUCAGAGACAAUGAGAGCUUUGAUAGAGAAAAGUUUAUAAAUUCAUACUUGAAGAAUUAUGAUGUGCAUAAUUCCAGGGGAUCAACUCCUAGUAGUUCCUACAUGAAUUUGUAUGAACCAAAUGUAUUAGAUAAUCAAAAUGAAAAGAAUGUGGCAUUGUCUAGCAGUAUUGAUAACCAAGCUGAAUAUAAUGACAAUUCUAUUAAAAAUGGAAUAAAUGAUGAGAAUAGUGAUGUAUCAUUCAAUCAUAGUGAGAGCAAACAAGAGUCUGAUAGUCAACAUGACAAUGAAACUAUAUCUCAGAUUACAUCUAGUCUUUUAGAUAUGACUUAUUUGGACUGGACUGAAGAAGUUGAGAAAAAUAUUAAAUUUGAUGACAUGGGUUCAACUUCAACUAGCUUUUCAAAAAAUAUACAAUCAUCAGAAUUACAAGAAAAUAAAUCAUCUGAGCCUCGAGAUUCUAAAAGAAGCACUAGACCCCGGCGUAAGGAUCGAAGGAGUUCAAGCAGAGGCCAUAGAAAUUCUGAAAAGAAAUCUGAGAGAAAUAGAAAAGAUAGUAAUAAUAGUGUUCAACAUGAAUUAGAUAAAAAUCGAAAAGAUAGCAAUACAAGUGUUCAACAUGAAACAAUAUUGUCAAACCUGAAACAAAGAGAAAGAGAGAGACGAGACAGUCACAAAAGCAAUCGCUCCUCAACCAUUGGUAACAGUAGAGAUGAUCUGGAUCGGUGGCGUUCUUUACGUUCUUAUAGCAGAGAACAUAGCUCAGAAAGGAGGAUAGUUUCGCAAUGUAAUAGCAGAGAUACAUCUACUGUUCGUGCAGUCAGUCCAAGGGAUAAUGAAGGUUUUCGUAUUCCAACAUCUAAGUCAGCAGUUUGGUCCUCAGGCAACCAGAAGAACGGUUCUUGGGCGAGCGGUCGUACUCCAAGCACAGAGCGCGGGCGUCAAUCGCCUAUGAUGAACAAUAUGGUUAAAGACGGUGGUGGUGACGGGCCGGCUGGUGGUGGUCGUCGUAAUCGCAAACGCACAAGUCGCCGCCGUGCAAUCAAGCAAUCCGACGGCGCUCAAAAUAACCAUCCCUCUCAUUCGACACAUGCUGCUCAUCAUGUGCCAGGUCUUGCUUCAUCUACUUCUACGUCGACCAACUGGCGGGAAGAAAUCCUCGAAUCUAAAAAACAGGCUACGCAUGACAGACAAUCGGAUGGACAUUCACAGAGGAAUAUAUUAAACGCUAUGUCAGAGAAAUCUAUAUCAGAGAAUGCUUCACAUCCUGGUUUGAUCGUACUCCCUCAAAGUUCUAUCAAUCAUAUACACAAAGAUCAUGGGCGUGUUGGGACCUCAGAAAAUCAAAAAUUACUAUAUGAUCAUCAAAACCCAUCUAAACCGAUAAUAGUGCAAACUGGUUCCAAUAAAGGAGAUGUAAGAAUGGAUGGAUGCGUGAGGGACUCGGGCCGGUUUAUGGGCGCAGGGGGCGGCGGCGGCGGCGGCGGCGGCGGCGGCGGCCUGCAGUACGAGGCCGGGGAGGCGGCGCGGGCGGCGCGCCACCGCACGCUACUGCAGAAAGUGGAUCGCGCCGACGCCGUCCUACAGACACACGCUCUACGAGGUCCCCUGGCGCUCGCCGCGCAUUGGAACGACGUCGCUGACACCAGGUCAUUCUUGCAGAAUACCCUACAUCAGCUUCUUAUGUCAGAUCUAAAAUAUUGCCAGUCUGAUAAUAUAGAACACCACUUUUGGAAGAUUUUGUACUAUAACUUUAUAGAAGUAUUAAGAAAGAGUUUUUCCCAAGUGUCGCCCGAUGAUAAGUCCAAAAUAGUCCAUUUAAUAAACAUCAUCAUUGAGGAGGGUAAUAUUUUCUUCGAAAAUCUUGUCCAGAUGUUAGAAAAAACUUAUAAGUUUAAUAUUGAAGAGUAUAUAAACGAUAAUCAUUUAUUGCCGCCCAAAGGACUCGGCUACGUGGGUCUAGCCUUGAUCUCCGUUCAGAAGCUAUAUAUAUUUCUUGGAGACUUAGCUAGGUACAAGGAACAAGUGAAUGAAACUAAUAAUUAUGCAAAAAGUAAAUUUUGGUACACAAAAGCUCAACAGAUAAAUCCUAAAAAUGGACGGCCUUAUAACCAAUUAGCUAUUUUAGCAGUAUAUGCGAGACGAAAAUUGGAUGCUGUGUAUUACUACAUGAGAAGUUUAAUGUCAUCAAAUCCAUUUAGUUCAGCAAGAGAAAGUUUAAUAUCCCUAUUUGACGAAAACAGAAAAAAGUACGAAGCGGCAGAGCGUAAACGAAGAGUGGCUUUAGAGAACUCUCGCAGUGCCGAAAACGGCAGCGGGAAUGGGGUGAACGGCGUCCCGGGCGGACUGCGGCGCGAGGUGUGGGUGCGGCCCAGCGGACACCGCACCACCACGCUGCGCCACCACGCGCCCGACGACCGCCUCGCUACUAUGACCUCCGUCGAGUUGAAUAAAAACUUCAUUACUAGUUAUUUGCACGUGCACGGAAAACUCUUCACAAAAAUUGGCAUGGAAACUUUCCACGAAAGUGCCAGUGAGAUGUUACGUCAGUUUCGCGCGCUGUUGCAUCGGCAGCCACUACCAACUCCAGCUGCCCGUCUCCUACAACUCACCGCACUCAAUAUGUAUGCCGUUGAAACUACUACUUCCUCACUAAAAGACGGAAGCAACAGCGGCAAACGAUCAGCGUGGCUUGAUUGUGCAUUGGGAGUGUCGCUGCUGAUGUUCGGCGCGUUGCUCGAAAGAUGUUGCGCGCUGCUUCCCGAGCCUGCACAUACGCAACACCACACCGACGCACUGUUGCUGCUGCCUGCUAUCAAGGUGUGGUCCGACUGGAUGCUAUGUCAUAGCAGUAUAUGGAAUCCACCACCAGAAUUGAAUAAUUUCGAAAUGGAAAGCGAGAACGAUCCAUGGGAUUGGCUUGCGAAGCUUAUGAAUAUCCUUGAAGCUCUUGAUGACAAGUCAAUAGAAUUGGAAAACGAAGUAGUUGAAGGUUACGUAUCGAUCCGUCUCGCGGAAGACGCGUCGCUGGGCGGAUUCACACCGCUGAUGUACAUGGAGCCAGCUAUAGCGUGGGUGCGACAUGAGCCAGCCGUGCAACAGCACGCUGCCGAGCAUGCGUUGCGACUUAGAAAAUUGCUGUUCUUUGGUACCGAGUAUCUAGUGGGAGUAGAGCCGCCCGUCUUGCGGCUGGAGUAUCCAACCAGCGCUCCUCCGCGAUAUGUCAGCGCUGUGCAGCGAGCGCAACCUCUUAAUCCGCCCCUGCAACAUUUGUCGGAAGACUCUGAAGAAGAGGACAGUGUUAGUGCAGCGCCGAGCGAGUCAACCUCUCUCACUGACGGACUCGAAGGCCCGGAAGGCGCGGACGAGACCACUCUCAGACUGUUACGCCGUAAAGAGCAACUGGAGUCUAGAAAAGCUACUCUCGACAGGCGCCGGGAACGUAUGCAGGAAAUAUUGGGCGGCGGUGGAGUGAGCGUGGAAGUGGAAGUACGACCACGGUGGUUGGUUCCUGAUACCAACUGUUUCAUCGACCAUCUGCCGCUACUACAGUCUAUUACGGAGGCAUCCACACAGCCAUAUACUCUGGCCGUACCCCUUGUUGUGAUGACGGAGCUAGAGGGUUUGAAGAAGUGUUCGCGCGUGGGAGAGCGGGCGAGUGCGGCGUUGGCAUGGGUAUGCGCGGGCGGUACGGGGGGUGCGGGGGGUGCGGUACGACUGGCCACUUCCCUCGGCAACUUACUCUCUUCUCGUGCAUUCACCGCUGAAAGGGACCAUUCCCGAGCAACAAACGAUGACCGUGUUCUGGCCACUGCUGUUAAUUUGCACACCAAUCUCGCCACGGAAACUGAUACACGAGUUGAUGACGGAAGUGAGUCAAAAUUCGUAAAGCGUGUACGCGAAGUGGUACUACUGACCGAUGACCGCAACCUCCGCGUGAAGGCGCUGGCGGCGGAACUACCGGCACGCGAUUUGCCCUCCUUCAUACAAUGGGCUAGUCUGACUAAUACCGAUGCUGAUACGGCUUCAUCGGUGGCGUCCGGCGACAAAAGCAAUGCAAAUAAUUGAUCCACUGACGAUUACAGUCAUCUGGAAUCGUCCGAUAAUUUUUCAGCUAUUUUAAUGUUAACACGACAUGCAAUGUGACUUAAUUUUUUGGGAGAGAUUAGUGCUUAAAUGAUAUCUGUUUGUAUUCGACUGCCGGCCAUGCAAGCUGGCAACACGAGAAUGCGCGUAUAAUUCUAGUAUAGGAAUUGACUAGAUUAAGUAAAACUUUAAUACACCAAUAAACAGUCUAAAUAAUAUUAAAGUAAAUUUUGUGAAACGCUUAAGGAUCUAGCUUUAUUUUCUUGAGUAAAUUCUUUUUUAUUAUUUUUCUUAAUUUUUGUUUUUAUGCUACUAGAUGAAUCGUACAUUUAAUGUUAGUGAACUAUUUUUAUUUACUUAUUUUGUAACAUAUUAUGUAUAUUUUUUAUUAUUUUGUAGGUAGGUAAUAGUAACAGAAUAUCGUGAAUAAACUGUUACUUUUUGACAUGAAGUACAGUUGUAUGGUAACUAUUUCCUAAAUUAAUUAAAUAGCUUAAUGACACAGAAUCAUUAAAUAAGGACAAAACAGCAUUAUAAUAAAAUAAAGUGUAUCAUCAUAUAUAUAUCAGUAAUUUAUAUUGUACUGGAAUUAAAUAACUAUCUAAUGAAUAUUAGACGCGUAGUUUUGAUAGCAAUUAUAGUUUAUCGGUGAAUUUGCAUGAACCCAGUAAAGUUUUUCGUGCCAUCGGUGCCAUUGGCAUGUUUAAUAAAUUUAAAAUUACUCGGUGUGAAUUGAAUGCUAUCUUUUAUUAAUAUAAUAAUGUUUUGAUAACUCUGAGAUUUAUGAAUUGGCUAUUUAGUGAUUGUAUUCACAACUCUUUUCGUAAGUUGAGAAAUCACAUCUUGUUAAUUGUCACAUUUCAAAAUUGUGUUAACUUGUUAGAUACAAACAAGGUCAUUUCAUGUUUUGAUACGAGUUUAUAUAGAAUUUAUCUAAACAAUUAUACGAAUUGCGUAUUUUAACUUAGAUUAUACAAAUGCUUCUAAUAAUGGAAAUAAAUUGCCAUUAUUUUUGAAUAUUUGUUAAAAUGAUUAGUUUAAUGGAGUAGCAUAUUUAUAUUUGCAGUACAAACUUAGACUUCAUAUUCAAUAGACAAAUAAUACAUAGUGUUGAAUUUAGAGCUGAUUGGUAUACACGGACAGCUUAACAAACUUUUUAUUAUAUACAUAAUCGAUCUGAUGAUAUAAAUAAGAAUAUAUUUACAGGGUUAAUCGUAAAGCAUAUACGAAGCCGAAACUUUAUUGUAAUGUUCCUGAAACUAAAUAACUUUCCCCAAAGAACAAAGCGUAAUCUCGGAAAUUAAGUUUGAAUAUUUCUUACUAAAUAUUUUUUAUUUUGUAUGAAGUGUCCAAACUUUAUCACAUUUUAAUUUUAAUUUUGGUGAAAGUAAUUAAGUUUUAAGAAUACUAUCACUAACAUUCAAAUUGGUAUACGGCUGACCUUGUAUAUUAAAUUGAUAUAUAUAUACAUAUAUAUGAUAAGAUCUAUAAUUUUACACAUCUACACAUUAUUUUGCGUUAUAGAUAAAAGUAAAAAAAAUAUAUAAAACAGAAUAUAAUAAAUAUUGACUACUAUAUAGUGAUAAAUAUUUUAAAAUGUUCAUUUUUAAUUUUUGAAACAAAUCAUGCUGUUACUUUUGUCUUAAUCAU